CUGCAUCCCUGCGCUGUUACGUCUAGAGGCGAGAAAUGUUGGAUCGUCGUUACCUCUUUCCUUUGUUUGUGGGACUGCUGGCAGGAGUGCUGCUCGUUCUCAAAAACACGAAAGCAGAUAACGAGACCUGCCUUACAACCAUUCUGUUUCGAGCGGUUUCUGAAUUGCAAGACAAAGUGAAUGCGAUAGAAACGGAAGUACGUGAUUUGAAAAGUGACCUGAAUAGUGAAAAAGAAAACAGGAUUAAGUUGGAGGAGGAGGUUCGAGAACUGACAUCUCUGCUUGGAAAAUACACUGAGGUUUCCAACCAAAGCUUGACAACGAUACAACUUGAAGUGAGUGACAUAAAAAGUCAAAUAGAGAGUGAAAGAGAAAAAAGAAUCAACUUGGAGAGCGCGAACAGUGAAUUGCAAGUAAUCACCAUUCAACUUCAAGGAGACAGCAUGCAUCUCAACCAGAGCUCAAUACAAUUGAAGCAACAAGUAGAAGACGUAGAGCAUCAAUUUCAGCAGCAAAUCAGACAAUCCGCUCACCUGCAGAAUGUUUCGUCAGAAUUGCAAGAAGACGUUACUGAACUGCAAGCAUCUAAUUCUAAUUUAUCAGCAGCUGUUGCUCAAUUUCGAGAAGAUCUACAAGAUAUUGCUAACGCAACGUCCAUGAAAAGCGCGGAAGCAUCUCCAGGACCACCCGGACCAACCGGACCAAUUGGACCGCCCGGACCAACCGGACCAAUUGGACCGCCCGGACCACAGGGUCCAAAGGUGUAUGUUGGAGAGUGGACACCUAUACUGGCAUCAAGUGGCUCUUGCGACCUCGCAAACAACCCCACUCUAACAAAACACAAUACCUCGGGUAGUAUUCCACAAGAUGCCUAUGCUGUUCUCCUUCAUGUUGAGGUACAUUCCGGACACAAUCCGAAUCAAAACGACAUGGGAGCACUAAAAGUGUACACUGUCAAAGAUCAACAGGAAUACGCUUUCUAUAUCGGAACACAUUUCUAUGAGCAAAAUGCUUGGUCUGUCAAUUCUGUUAACAUGUGGUUGCCGAUCUCUUCCAAUGGUACUGUUUUCACGGAGUUAAUUGGCAACCUAGCUUCGGGGAGUGCGUUUUGUUUGGUACACAUUGCUGGAUAUUAUUGAAUUCACGAAAGCGAAUUGACUUAUCCAUCUAGAAUAUUAAAUAAGUUGAUAUAAAUUAGGUUCUGAGCUUGUUUGCUUCUGUCCGUCUGUUUGUGUGUAUGUUUGUUUGUUUGUCUUUCUGCGAUGCCAUAAUUAGCAGUAAAACAAGUUCAAGGUUUUACCUUA